UCCUAAUCAAACUUAAAAUUUUUAUUUUCUUCUCCAUUUCUCUCCUAAUCAAUCAGUGGAAGUGGAAAUUGUUUAAUUUUCUUUUCCUUUUCUUACCUUUUUCUUAAACUUUCAAACAGAGCCUUGCUCUACUUUUGAUCAGGCCGAAACCAGUAAUUGUUCCUUUCUUCGAUUUCCAGUACUGGAAGCGAGCGAAAGCUAGAGAGAGAGAGAGAGAGAGAGCGCUCUGACAAACCGCCAUGGACGCAGAGCAACGCAGGGCAGCGGCUCAACAAGAAAGAGGAGGAGGGGGACUAGGUUUAACUCUUCUCGUCGCACUCCUCGUUGCAUUCUUCUCUUUGGUACUCAUUCCAUCAUUGCCGGCGGCAAAAAAUAGCAUAUCAAUUUUACACCAAGUUCCAGAAGGCCAUGUUGGGGUAUACUGGAUAGGAGGUGCCCUUCUAAAAACAAUUACACCCCCAGGUUUUCAUGUGAAAAUGCCUUUGAUAACGCACUUUGAGCCCAUUCAAGUGACCCUUCAAACAGAUCUGGUGAGGGAUAUCCCAUGUGGUACAAAAGGGGGCGUUCUGAUCAACUUUGAGAAAAUAGAGGUUGUUAACCGCCUUCAUAAAGAUUUCGUGUAUGAUACACUGCGGGAUUAUGGUGUACAGUAUGAUAACACUUGGAUAUAUGACAAAAUUCAUCACGAGAUCAAUCAGUUCUGCAGCGCUCAUUCCCUUCAACAAGUCUACAUCGAUAUGUUUGACCAGAUUGAUGAAAAAAUGAAGGAUGCUCUUCAGGCGGAUUGCACACGGUAUGCUCCUGGUAUUGAAAUUAUUAGCGUCCGUGUCACAAAACCUUCCAUACCUGAAAGUAUAAGACGCAAUUUCGAACAGAUGGAAGGGGAACGUACCAAGGUUCUGAUAGCCGUAGAGAGGCAAAGGGUGGUUGAGAAAGAGGCUGAGACACAGAAGAAGGUUGCAAUAAGUGAAGCUGAGAAGAAUGCUCAAGUUAGCAUGAUCCAGAUGGAACAAAAGUUGAUGGAGAAGGAUAGUGCUAGGAGGCAAGAAGAAAUUGCGAAUGAAAUGUACAAAGCUCGCGAGAAGAGCUUGGCUGAUGCCGAUUUCUAUAGAGCAAUGAAAGAAGCAGAAGCAAACAAGUUGAGGCUUACACCCCAAUAUUUGGAGCUGAAAUUCAUCGAAGCAAUUACUAACAACUCAAAAAUUUUCUUUGGAAAUAAGAUCCCCAAUAUGGUUUUCGAUCAGAGGCUGCUUGGAAACUUUUUCCGAGAUUUAACCAGAAACGACAACUCAGAAGCUGAGAGUUCUAAAACCAUGGAUGCGGUGGGAUGAAACAGUUUUAUAUAUCAUGAGGAACUUUCCUGACAGAAAAUGAUGCUUUGUCUUGGAUUCUUAAAUAUCCGGUGGCUGCCCUGUUUUUUAAGAUGCUAUCGGCGAUAAAUUUGAAAUGUGUGCUAAAUGGUUACAUUCCACUAUGACAAGUGCUACAAUACACACCUCUUAUUUUGGUGUGUAUCAUAUGCACCCUCUUUAAUUACCAUUAGAUGCUUGAAAAA